AAAACGAAGCCCAUUACCAACACCACCUUCCCUAUAUAUUCGCCCAACGCCAUUUUACACACAUUUCUCUCUCUCUCUUCCUUGUUUCUCGCUCAAGCCUUUCUCUCUUUCUAACAAGUUACAAAUAAAAGUUCCCCUUUUUCUCCGGAUCAAUGAACGAUCAUCUGGUGCUGUUCGUGGACCAUCUGGUGCGGCCCGUGCCGGUGGUCGAGCCGCUGGCCCAACAACCCCCCGAGCCCGUGACGCCCGUCAAUGAGGCCGCGGUGGCGGGUCCCUCCGGGUCGUCUCCGUCUGCGGAGGACGACGGAGACGACGACGGGGAGGACGCGCCGCUGCUGCAGCUGGCGGAGUGUCGCAUUUGCCAAGAGGAGGACAGCGUCAGCGAUUUGGAGACCCCCUGCUCCUGCAGUGGUAGUCUUAAGUAUGCUCAUAGAAAGUGCGUUCAGCGUUGGUGCAAUGAGAAAGGAGACAUAAUUUGUGAGAUAUGUCAUAAGUCCUAUGAACCUGGUUAUACUGCCCCGCCACCUCGUCCUCAGCCUGAAGAAACUACCAUUGAUAUAGGUGGAGGCUGGACAAUCUCUGGCAUGCCAUUGGACUUGCGUGAUACCCGGCUCUUAGCAAUUGCAGAGGCUGAACGUCAAUUCUUGGAAGCUGAAUACGAUGGAUAUGCUGCUUCUCAUGCCAGUGGAGCUGCAUUUUGUCGUUCAGUUGCAUUGAUUUUAAUGGCCCUUUUACUCUUAAGGCAUGCACUUUCUGUCACAGAUUCUGAAGCUGAAGAUGAUCCAUCCACUUUUUUCUCUCUUUUCUUGCUUCGAGCUGCUGGUUUUCUUUUACCUUGCUAUAUCAUGGCUUGGGCAAUCAGUAUUUUGCAACGCCGGCGACAAAGACAAGAAGCGGCAGCACUAGCGGCAACCCAAGUUGCUUUUGUUCUACAAACCGGGCAGCGUAGGGGUCUGCAGUUUGCAAUAGGACCAGGACCACCAACAAUGAAUACACACCAACCGGAACAAGUGUAAUUUUUGUAUGCCACCAGUGUAUGUAACAAGGCUUGUUGGAAUGCCAUGCAUUUUUUUACUCAUGAUUUUUCUGAGCUCUAAUUUACAUACAUAGCUUGAGAGACUUUGAGAUGGUACUUAAUAUUCUAGGGUCCUUAAACCCUCAAAAAGAACCGCUCAUUUUGUUGUAUUGCAGUUUCAAAGUCUUUGAAAGUUAUAGCAAUGUUAAUUCUACUAGAAAGUUAGCAUGUCAUUCCAUAGGGAUAAGGUUGUGUCCGUGCCUGUUUUCCUGCACCGUAAUAAUCAUGAUUGAAGCAAACGCAAACGGUAGAAGAAUUUGACAAGAGUUUUUGCAUUAAUUUGAGCACGAGAAUGUCCCAUCUGUCUUCGGUGCUUGUUGGCCAUCCAUUUUGGUUUGUUUCCAAAUUGUAUUGACUUCUCCAAUAGCGACAUUGCAUCGUUCAGACUAAAA